AUGUAUGAACUUUAUGCGCUUGAAGCAGGUUUUUCUGUAAAAAAAGGGCAAACUAAAGUCUGGAAUGGAAUUCCCACACACAAGUAUCUCCGAUGCUCAAAAUAUGGAAAACCCCAACCAAAGAGGACUUUUGAUACCCUAGAUGAAUCUUCUGUUAAGCACCGGAGGACCACCUUCACAUGGUGUGACUGUAAGGCAAGCAUACUAGUCUCGAUCUCGAACGAUUCAUACACAGUUCUGAGUUUCAAUGAUAUUCAUAAUCAUGAACUUGUUGAGAGUUACAACCGUGAUCUUAGCAAGAUAUCACGGAAACUGUCAUUCUCCACGAAACAAUUCAUUCAUAACAUGAGUCUAAACCGCAUCGGACCAAUGAGGUCUUAUAGAUGUCUUGUAGCUUUAAAAGGAGGGCAUCACAAUGUCAAUGGGACACCGGUCGAUUUUAAAAACUUUAGCCACCAGCUGCGAAUUUUUAUUGGUGAACGCGACGCACAAGUUUUCCUUGAACGCUUGCGUGAGCGUUAUGACAACCUACCCAACUUCUUUUUUGAUUACACUGUAUCAAACGGAAAGUUGUCCUCUGUAUUCUGGGCUGAUGAGAUUUCAAAGCUUAACUACAAAGCUUUUGGCGAUGUCCUAGCGUUUGACGCAACUUACAGCACAAACAGGUACAAGAUGGCUUUCUUGAAGGCACACGGUACUCAACCAACUCUCGUGCUGAGUGAUCAAGACCCAUCCAUGCUACAAGCUGUUCCUAUGGUCUUUACCGAAUCACGACACCGUCUAUGCAUGUGGCAUAUAAUGAAAAAACUACCCUCCAAGAUCUCUGCCGAUGUGCUCGAUAACACUGAUCUUCGGUCCUGCAUUCAUCGUUUGGUUUGGAAUGUUUAUAUCAAACCUGAAACGUUUGAGUCCCGCUGGAAUGACCUCCUACAAACAUUUGGGCUUCAAGACCACAGCUGGUUGAACGACAUGUACAACAUCAAACAUCUCUGGGUACCAGCCUACUUUAGAGAACUGCCCAUGUGUUGCUUGAUGAAGACCACCUCCCGCUGCGAAAGCUCUAACGCUGCCUUCAAGGUUAACUCAACAAGCGCAAACACCGUUGUACAAUUUAUGAUGUGCUUUGAAACUAGGGUAGACAGCCAACGAUAUCGUCAACGUGUUUCGGAGUUCAAAACCUCUUCCACAAUGUUCACUGGUAAUACUGAUUUAGCGAUAGAACAACACGCGUUCGCCAUUUACACAAACGCUGUUUUCGCCCAAGUUCAAAAAGAAAUAAUUAAAGGGAAGUUUUUAUGCUACAUCACAAACCAAAGCGAGACCAGCGAUUCCAGUCUUCUGAUAGACGUCACUCAUUUGGAUAAAAGGAACAACAUCACAAACGUCUAUCAGGUUACGUAUAACAAUGUGGAUCAAUCGGCCAGUUGCUCAUGCAGGAAUUUCACACGUAUCGGAUAUCUGUGUCGCCAUGUCUUUUGUGUCUAUCGCUUGAAAAAUGUUGAAAGGAUUCCACCACAAUACAUAAACGACAGGUGGCGCCGAGAUGCCCUCCCCAAACAUGUUUUUUCAAUUUCCAGUCGAUACGGAGUUAACCCACACGCACCGUCCGUUAUGCGGAAUGAAAUCCUCGACCUCGUUACUGAAUGCGUUGAUGUUGCUAGAACCGAUGAGGUUGCGUUGGCAAAAUUGGUUGACCAACUCAGGGAUUUCAAGAUCAAUGUUCUUUCCAGGCAACCGUUGUCAACAACUGAAAAUGAAUCAAAUGAGUCUCAAAUGGAAGAAAUAGUUGGGCAGCCAAUCAACAUUCCAGUCGAAGUUGCUAAUCCAGAAGUUGCACGCAAUAAAGGAUGUGGUACUCAUACUCGCAUUUCUGGGCCCGGUGAGAAGGCCAAAGCAAAACCACCAAAACGUCCAAAGCAGCUUCGCUUAUGCAAGCGUUGUGGUCUGUAUGUCGACGACCACGACUCACGCAACUGCCUUAAGGUGGCUGCAAUGAAAGCAGCAAAGGCAGCUGCUGAACAACAAAGGCAGACCGCCACUGGCGACUGA